AUGUCCGCUUCUUUUAGGCACAUUGCUCAUCUUUGGCGCAGGAAAUCUAUGAAGAAGACGUUCCAGUUGGUUUUGUUAUCUGUUUUACUUUCGAGUUUCCUUGUGUUUUUAUAUGGGGUUAUGGUUCCUACUUUCGAUAUGCACAGCAAUAAUAACCUCUUAAAUUUAAGGUACAGAACACCGUAUGUUAUGGUGCAUUCAUAUCCGGAACAUUAUAAGGAAUUUAUCAAUCAGGUGGUGACUGCUGUGCAAGAAAGUGCACCUGUUGACGAACUAAAGCUGUUACAAGAUGACAAUUGUCAACAUAGAAGGGUUUCUAUCGAUGAAGGCAAACAUGAAGUAUUGCUACAACUAACUGAGGCGGAACUAUCAAAAUGUUUACAUGUAUCUGAUGAUAUAAAGUCAAAAAUGAUGGCGAGUCAUUUGCAGUUUAAGGAAUACGUCCAAGGUACGCUUAUGAAGUCCUUGGCCAAUCUAGAAUCGUAUCCUUACAAGGGGGACGGCGUUAUAAUUAUGGCUGGGGGCGAACAUACCCUAUCUGCUAUGGCUUCCAUUAAAGCGAUUAGACAAAACGGUGGCAUUAUCAUGAGAAGAUCAGUUCCUAUUCAGAUUGUCAUUCCUUCGAAAAAACAGGACGACGAAGUGUUCUGCACCAAGGUACUUCCAAUGUUGGAUCCUACAGGUCUCUCUACAUGUUUGUUUUUUGAAGAUAUUUUUGACAGUGAUGUGUUGAAUAAGAUCGAAAGUUCCCAGUAUAAGUCAUUAGCUUUAAUAGUUUCAUCUUUCAGAAGGGUAUUACUCUUGGAUAGCGACACUUUUGUUGUUAAUUCGAUUGAUGGUUAUUUCCACCAUAGUCAACUUAAAGAAAAUGGUAUGAUCUUAUGGCCUGACUACUGGCGCAGGUUACACCAUCCAGAUCUCUAUAAAAUUGUUGGGAUAAAUGUGCAUGCUGACACUCGGUUAAGAUUUAGUGUCGAUGAUUCGUCACCUAAAGUACUCUAUGAGUCACCUAAAGGUGAUUCGCCUUUCCCAUUUCAUGAUUCGGAGAAUGCAAUUCCAGAUGGAAGUACAGCAAGUGGACCGUUGCUUAUUGAUAAACAAAUUCAUUUGGAUACCAUAAUUAUGUCAUUAUACUACAGUUUUAAUGGACCGUCGUUAUACUACCCGUUACUUGGCUGCGAUCAAGGUUCAGAAUGUGAAAAAGAUACCUUUGCAUUAGCAGCUCAUGCUUUAUAUCCCGAUACCCCAAAGUACUAUCAGGUUAAAACUCCAUCUGCUCAUGAAGGCCACUGGGAAAAUAUAACUACUGGGGUACGGAUCUUAGAUGAAGAGCUAGCUUCGACAAACAGCGAUGAGGGCAAAACUUUCCGCAAAGUUGCAAUGCUUCUAUAUGAUUAUAUAGAGGACACAGAGUUUGCAAGGCUAGCCAGGGAAAUUAUCAAGGAGAACGCCGAUACGCUACUGGAAUCCUUCAAAAAUGACGGGAAUGCCCACCAUGCUAAUCGUAAAACCUUCAAGCCGAGAGAUAUCAAUGAUUUAGAAACAAAUGACGAACUUAGAGCAGAUUUUUGGAAGAAACAUAAUGACGUAUAUCAUAUUCAGGAUUUCCUGCUUUUCUUUGACUUCAUACCCAUGAAAUUCAUACGUUCCCUUUCACCAUCUUACAACCCUUGGAAAUUGUUAACUACUGGUGACAUGCAGUUCGAUGCUGCAAGAGCAUUAAAAGGUCAUGAAAAUGACCCAAAAUACAAACCAGCUCAUUCUGGUCACUACAGAAUGUAUAGCUCCGGUAUUUCGACGGUUACAAAUUAUGAUUUGGAAUUAGCCAAUUGGUCCUUAUUUGAAAACUUUGUCUGUAACAGCAAGGCAUUCACUUACAGGGACUAUGGGUAUUUAAAACAACAAAUUGAAAAUACAAAAGACCCUGCCCUUGAAUACAAGAAGAUGUGUAAAUAUAUUAGAAAUCGCGUAAAAUACUUAAGAAAUACAACCUGGAAAGAUAGCACAUCCUGA